AUGGCACAGGCUCUGCAGCAGCGCGCUCCAGGUGCUCCACCAGGGCGGUCGGUCUUAUCAUGGGAGCUUCCACAUCCAGGCAUGACGAUUCGGGUGCUACUGCGCAACCGGGAAAGCGGCUGGGCCGAUGUGAUCCAACGCCAAGAGAGCGGGAACAGCAGAGGCCUCUUCUGCCAGAUGGUGGAGACGCGGCACACGUUCUGGUUCGUGCCAGCGCUCGUGGCUGAAGGCCGUGACCGAGCGGUUGAAUCAUGGGCGUCAGCAGAUGAGAAUGAGAACGUCGUUUCUUUCCGGCGAUCCGAAGUAGAACGCUUGCAUCGAGCACUGCAGGCUGAUGGCCGGACUGUAGCAGUGCUUGGCAGCGAUGUCCAACGCGUACCUGGCUUCCGAACACAACCAUCUCAGAUUCGUGUGAAGGCCGUGCUGAUGGCAGAAGACGCACCCCAGAAUGAUCGCGAUCGUAUCGAGAGAUUUGUCGAGAACUUGAUGGGGACUGGUGUGACCGAUCCCAGCAUUUGGCGAUUUACGAGGCGGAGGAGCGUUUUCACUGCAGCUGCAGACUUAUGCCAUUACAUGAAUUCUCGGAACGGUAUGGACAGAGAGACGCUGGUUGCGGCUCUUCACACAGAAGAUCGUUCGGCAGGCUCCCUGCAAGAUUUCCAUGAGUACAAGCUCUUCGCGGAGUUCUGCUGCGUCGAUUGCCACCGAACUUGGAAGUCAGGCUUGGCAUGGGGUGUGUUCGACUCAACGCGACAACCGAUGUGCAACUGCUUGACGCAGCCACUGCCUGGUAGAGAGGACCGCACCACACCUGAGCACAUUCGCAGAAACGGAUGUGUGCAUGUCUUCAGAGACCCCGAGCAGUGCGAUCAAGUUGAUGUAGAUCUCGGAACUCAUCGAGAUGUGCAUGAGAAUGAAAAUGGUUUGCGUUUGCAGCGCCUGGUGACACGCACUUGCCGCUCGGGCUUGCGCCCGAGACCUGAUGCAGGGCCCCCGAAGCAAGGAUGUCAGGAAUGUCAGCGCAUGUGUGAUGCUAUCUACUGCCAAGUUGCAGAGAAGUUCUUGGAGAAGCCCCAUCGCCCAGAGCUGUGCCCUAAGUGUUUGAGAACCGGCCGUUGGUGCCAUGGGGCCAUACACCAAGCCGACAUAGUGAUGCGCUACUCUUUGGUGGCUUCGCUGCUAGACACCAGCAUCUUGUUCCGGCCCAGCGAGGCUGGAUUGGAAGCUGAGAUACAAUACGAAGGACACAGAGUGCUGUUACUCUUGCGCCCGUGGCUCUACAUUGUCCCCGAGCACCGUCUCACCUUCACCACCACGGGGCAAGAAGAGGCAGUGCUGCGACCUGACAGACAGCCAGCUGGUGCUGAUGAGCGGGUCAUGUUCCGUCGGGCUUUGCAGAUGGUCAUGUCUGAAAGGGCUGAGAUAAUGCAGUGGCCAGCGCAGCUGUCUCUUGCCGACACGGUUGCAGCGUUGCGUGCCUUCGCAGCUCAGAGUGCAACCAUCUCACCUCCCAGUGAUGAUACAGCACGGGCUGUGCAGGCUGCUGUGGAAGGAAGGGAUGUUGCAGAACUCCAGCGCACGUUGGAGCUGCUGCAGGUUCCGCAGAGCACGAAUGUCAAUGAGUCGAUGCCAUGUCUAGCCGACCGCUUCAGGGGCUUCCUGCGACUGCAGCACAUAGGUCCAUCAGCAGCCCCCGCGAGCGCGAGCUCGUCUUCGAGUGACCAGGCACCGGCAGCAUCUUCGACAGGACCCGCGUUGACUGGGGCCACCACUGACCAAUCCUCCGCUGUCCAAGCAUUUAAGUUGGCUUCGAGUUGUAUGGGGGGCAAGCUUGUUGGACCUUGGCGCUGCUUUCGUGUCGACGACCGGCAGCAUUAUGGCCAGCGCCACGGCUACACCUACUGGAAGCCCCAUGGCUGGGUGAAGCGGCGAUUGCAAGUUGACAAUUACAACAUGUGUAGGACGUGGCCGAUCACCUACCACGGAACCAGUGUGGAGAACGCACCCAAGAUUUUGCUGACAAAGCUUCGUCGGCCUGGCCACGGUGGGGCGACAACAGCGCACGGAGCAGCUGGCGCCAGUCAACAGGGCACCGUUUAUGUCACGCCUUCCAUCUACUAUGCCGCACAUCCCGUCUAUGCCCCGUUGAACCGGAUCGAGAACAGCUCAAGCAGAUGGUUCCAAGUGGUUCUUCAGUGCAAGGUUCGGCCCGAAGCCUUCAGGGUGCAACGCGGGACUUUGGGCAACAAGCACUGGCCAGAAGAUCUUCGCAUGGACCCGAAUUUCGAGGAUCACUCUCAAAUGGAAUGGCUUGUGGAUGAUGAAAGCAACGCAGUGGUCAUCGGUUUGAUGUACCGAGAGCUGGGCGCCGAAGCAGACGGUGGCAUCUACGGCAGCCUUGCGACCCAGUUGACGCAUCAUGAUGCGUUCACUCAUAGGGGCAUAGAGUACGUGUGGACGGAGCUUUUAGCUAGAGAACACCGAAGGCGUGGCUUCCUGAUCCGUUGA